AUGGUAGCGGAAUUACGUCAUAAACUACCCCAGGAGGGUACCAGUACCCCUGGAGAAUCCCUCGCUGAGCAUCCACGACUAUGCUAUUCCACUCCUGAGCGUGGGUGCUCAGGCUGCCCCGCGUAUUCUGGGGGGGGCAAAAUUCCGCUCAACACAAAAACUGCUCGGGGCAAACUGAGCAACAAGACCAAGGCGACCCCUGCCACGCUAUCCGUGAAUUUCUGCAACAUCAGGGGACUUCACUCGAACCUAAACGCCGUCCACUACCAUCUUGAGACGGCGAAGCCGGCCUUGCUCUUUCUGACCGAGACGCAGGUGUCCUCUCCGGCUGAUACUUCGUAUCUCUCCUGCCCGGGGUACAAAUUGGAGCACUCUUUUGUGCCUCGGGCUGGAGUUUGCGUGUAUGUCAGAGAGGACAUCUGUUCUCGACGCCUCGGCAGUCUUGAAGGUUCGGACCUGUCCAUCCUUUGGCUACGCGUGGACAGCGACGACCAUCCGCGCGUCUACGCGUGCCUCUAUAGGUCCCAUAGCGGUAAUGCUGAAACAGACCGACUCAUCGACCACGUCCAAAUGGCUGCAGAUUCCUUGCUACAACAGGUCCCAUCCGCAGAGAUCGUGAUCCUUGGCGAUUUUAACGCCCACCACGCCGAAUGGCUCGGUUCACGUUUAACCGAUCAUGCGGGGAGAUCUGUUUAUGACUUUGCCUUGGCAUAUGGUCUGACACAACUGGUUACAUCGCCUACGCGGAUUCCAGAUGUUGAGGAUCAUACACCUUCCCUGUUGGACCUUCUGCUGACCUCUCAUCCGGACGGAUAUCAGGUUUCCGUCGAUGCCCCUCUUGGCUCUUCGGACCAUUGUCUGAUCCGGAGUGUGGUGCCACUCACGCUCCCCUCGCGGUUGCGUUCUGCAGGUUGCCGCCGUGUUUGGCAUUACAGGUCGGCGGAUUGGGACGGAAUGCGGUCUUUCUUUGCUUCCUACCCAUGGGGGCGGAUUUGCUUCUCACCGGAUGAUCCCAGCGCUGUUGCUGACUCUGUCACUGAUGUGGUGCUACAGGGAAUGGAACUAUUUAUUCCAUCAUCUGUGGUACCCAUCGGAGGCAGAUCUCAGCCUUGGUUUGGUCGCUCUUGUAAGACUGCAUUACGCAGUAAGCAGGAGUGUUAUCAAGCCUGGGCUGCGGCUUCGGUGACUCGGGAUGUAAACACCAGCACACUCAAAAAGAAGUAUAACUUCGCCUCCAGGUCCUUCAAAAGAGUUAUUGCCAAGGCAAAGUCAGAGCACAUAGGCAGAAUUGGCGAGAAACUAGUUCGCCUUCCUUCGGGAACCCGUGCAUUCUGGUCUCUCGCCAAGGCUGUCCAAGGGAAUUUCUGUAAGCCAUCACUACCAUCUCUGCACAGGGAGGACGACUCACUGGCCCACGACGCAAAAGAGAAGGCCGACCUUUUAGGCUCCCUUUUUGCGUCCAACUCGACUGUUGAUGACGGGGGGAACACACCGCCGACCAUCCCGCGGUGUGAGUGCUCCAUGCCGGAUGUGCGGUUCUCACAGGGCUCGGUUCGCAGAGCACUCCUCUCCCUUGACAUCCACAAGUCGAGUGGGCCUGACGGAAUCCCCCCAAUUGUGCUGAGGACGUGUGCUCCGGAGUUGGCACCGGUUCUAACGCGUCUUUUCCGGUACUCCUACUCCCUAGGCGUAGUCCCGAAAUCAUGGAAGACAGCUUUUGUCCACCCGAUCCCUAAAAAAGGCGACCGCUCAGACCCGUCCAACUACAGGCCUAUCGCCAUCACCCCCUUGUUCUCCAAAAUAAUGGAAUCCAUUAUUAACUGCCAGCUCAUCCGGUACCUUGAGGAUCACCAGCUGAUUAGUGACCGCCAAUACGGUUUUCGUCGGGGUCGAUCAGCUGGUGAUCUUCUGGUCUACCUGACCCAUAGAUGGGCGGAGGCAGUAGAGUCCAAGGGGGAGGCGUUGGCCGUUAGUCUGGACAUUGCGAAGGCCUUCGAUCGGGUUUGGCACAAAGCGCUUCUUUCGAAGCUCCCUUCCUAUGGGCUUCCCGAGAAAUUAUGCAAUUGGAUCACCAGCUUUCUUGCAGAUCGGAGCAUCAAGGUCGUUGUAGACGGUGCAUGCUCCGACUACAAGCCUAUUAACGCUGGUGUUCCACAAGGCUGCGUGCUAUCACCAACGCUGUUUCUUCUGCAUAUCAAUGAUAUGUUGCAAGCCGGUAGCAUUCAUUGCUAUGCGGAUGACAGCACUGGUGAUGCUCUAUACACCGGCCGUGCCAAUAUUUCUCGGGAAAACGUCACUGAGUACCGGAACAAACUUGUGUCUGAAGUCGAGUCUUUGCUGGACAAAGUCUCGGAUUAG